UCUAAGCCUAGGAUUUGGACCUUGGACACACAAACAACUCUCACGUGGUUGUAGGGGUGGGCGGAGUUUAUGUAUCCUGAGGGGCGGAGCCAAGCAGCCAUUUGCGACGGACAAACUGAAGCAGUGUAAUUAACGGAGGAAGCAGCGGAUAACGACAGGUAACUUUCUGGGACAGUCAUGAACUAGGACUGAGUAACUCCUAGAUCCUUGCUGGAGUCUCAGAGUUACAGUUGAAGAUGUUGCGCUACGUGAUCAUCUUCUCUGCACAUCUUAUGAUGGCUCUAAAGGUUCAAGCCCAGUGUGAGAGUCCUACUGUUGGAGAAAACCGGAUUAUGAAUGAAAUAUCAGACCAACAGACUUUUCCUGAAGGCUCCACUGUAAAGUUCAAAUGUUCCACCGGUUAUAUUCCAGUGAGAACAUCAGCUUCCAGGUCAAUCACCUGCACUGGAAACCAGUGGACCGAACUCCGACUUCAGUGUAAAAAAAAAUCGUGUGGAAAUCCUGGUGAGAUUGUAAAUGGAAAGUAUUUAUUUCCAGAAGGCAUUCUGUAUGGUGCAACAAUCAAAGCACAGUGUAACGAAGGUUAUCAGCUUAUUGGAGAUCCAGAGAGAAAUUGCAGAGAAACAGGCUGGGAUAGGAGACAUCCUGUAUGUGAAGUGGUGAAGUGUAUAAAUCCCCCCAGUGUACCAGAUGGGGUAUUUGAACCAGAGGAGGAAGUGUAUAACUAUGGAGAUGGAGUCUUCUACUCUUGUAAAAGAGGUCUUGAUCUGUUUGGACCUUCACUAUUAACAUGCUCCAAUGAUGGAACCUUUCAGCCUGCUCCUCCUCGGUGUCUGUUUGUGACCUGUGAGAGACCCGAAAUAUUAAACGCAUUUAGAAUCGAAGGAAAAUCGCCACCUUAUAAAUACAGAGACUUUGUCCGCUACCAGUGUAAUAAAGGCUACGAAAUGGAAGGUUCUGAUUUCCUGAUCUGUAAAGAAGAUGGGUGGGAUCCAUCUCCUCCUCAGUGCACGAUUGUGACCUGUUUACCACCUCCUAUAAACAAUGGACAAUUUAACCCUCAGGAGGAGUUAUAUGAGUAUGGAAACAGAGUCACAUUCACAUGUAAUGAAGGAUUUAAACUUAAAGGCUCUGCAAGUAGUUCAUGUACCGAACAUGGAAUAUUUCAGCCUUCUCCACCUCAGUGUGAGGAGAUCUUCUGUGAUCCACAAACCAUCCAAAAUGCAGUUAUUGUUGGAAAUUCCUCAUUGUACAGAUACAAAGACUCGGUCCAAAUCAGGUGUAAUGAAGGCUACAAAACAGUGGGUUCUGAUCGCCUGACCUGUGGGGUGAAUGGAUGGAGUCCAGGUUUCCCACCAUGUACAGUUGUGACCUGUGAGAUACCCAAAAUCCUAAAUGCAGAUAAAGUCCAAGGAAAAUGGCCACCCUAUAAAUACAAAGAUAUUGUUGGUUACCGGUGUUAUAAAGGCUACAAAAUGGAAGGAUCUGAUCGCAUGACCUGUAAAGAAGAUGGGUGGGAUCCACCUCCUCCUCAGUGCACGAUUGUGACCUGCUUACCACCUACUCUUAUACACAAUGGACAAUUUAACCCUCAGGAGGAGUUAUAUGAGUAUGGAAACAGUGUCACAUUCACAUGUAAUGAAGGAUUUAAACUUAAAGGCUCUGCAAGUAGUUCAUGUACCGAACAUGGAAUAUUUCAGCCUUCUGCACCUCAGUGUCAGGAGAUCUUCUGUGAUCCACAAACCAUCCAAAAUGCAGUUAUUGUUGGAAAUUCCUCAUUGUACAGAUACAAAGACUCGGUCCAAAUCAGGUGUAAUAGAGGCUACAAAACAGUGGGGUCUGAUCGACUGACCUGUGGGGUGAAUGGAUGGAGACCAGGUUUCUCACCAUGUACUGUUGUGACCUGUGAGAUACCCAAAAUCCUAAAUGCAGAUAAAGUCCAAGGAAAAUGGCCACCUUAUAAGUACAGAGCUUUUGUUCGUUACCGGUGUAAUAAAGGCUACAAAAUGGAAGGAUCUGAUCACAUGAUCUGUAAAGAAGAUGGGUGGGAUCCACCUCCUCCUCAGUGCACGAUUGUGACAUGUUCACCACCGCCUCUUAUAAACAAUGGACAAUUUACCCCUCAGAAGGAUUUAUAUGAGUAUGGAAACAGAGUCACAUACAUGUGUAAUGAAGGAUAUAUACUUAAAGGCUCUAUAGAACGUUCAUGUACUGAACAUGGAAGAUUUCAGUCUCCUCCUCAGUGUCAGGUUGUGAAAUGUUCACGACCACCUCCUAUAAACAAGGGAAAAUUUAACCCUCAGAAGGGGUCAUACAAGUAUGAAAGCAAAGUCACAUACACAUGUAAUGAAGGAUUUCAAAUUAAAGGCCCUAUAGAACGUUCAUGUACUAAAGAUGGAAUAUUUCAUCCUUCUCCUCCUCAGUGUGAGGAGAUCUUCUGUGAUCCACAAACCAUCCAAAAUGCAGUUAUUGUUGGACAUUCCUCAUUGUACAGAUACAAUGACUCGGUCCAAAUCAGGUGUAAUAGAGGCUACAAAACAGUGGGGUCUGAUCGCCUGACCUGUGGGGUGAAUGGAUGGAGUCCAGGUUUCCCACCAUGUACAGUUGUGACCUGUGAGAGACCCGAAAUCCUAAAUGCAGUUAGAGUCCAAGGAAAAUGGCCACCUUAUAAAUACAGAGAUAUUGUUGGUUACCGGUGUAAUAAAGGUUACAAAAUGGAAGGAUCUGAUCGCAUGAUCUGUAAAGAAGAUGGGUGGGAUCCACCUCCUCCUCAGUGCACGAUUGUGACCUGUUUACCACCUCCUAUAAACAAUGGACAAUUUAACCCUCAGGAGGAGUUAUAUGAGUAUGGAAACAGAGUCACAUUCACAUGUAAUGAAGGAUUUAAACUUAAAGGCUCUGCAAGUAGUUCAUGUACCGAACAUGGAAUAUUUCAGCCUUCUCCACCUCAGUGUGAGGAGAUCUUCUGUGAUCCACAAACCAUCCAAAAUGCAGUUAUUGUUGGAAAUUCCUCAUUGUACAGAUACAAUGACUCAGUCCAAAUCAGGUGUAAUGAAGGCUACAAAACAGUGGGGUCUGAUCGCCUGACCUGUGGGGUGAAUGGAUGGAGUCCAGGUUUCUCACCAUGUACAGUUGUGACCUGUUUACCACCGAUUCUUAUACACCAUGGACAAUUUAACCCUCAGGAGAAGUUAUAUGAGUAUGGAAACAGUGUCACAUUCACUUGUAAUGAAGGAUUUAAACUUAAUGGCUCUGCAAGUAGUUCAUGUACCGAACAUGGAAUAUUUCAGCCUUCUCCACCUCAGUGUGAGGAGAUCUUCUGUGAUCCACAGACCAUCCAAAAUGCAGUUAUUGUUGGAAAUUCCUCAUUGUACCGAUACAAUGACUCGGUCCAAAUCAGAUUUGUGACCUGUGAGAGACCCGAAAUCCUAAAUGGAGUUAAAGUCGAAGAAAAAUCGCCACCUUAUAAAUACAAAGAUAUUGUUCGUUACCGGUGUAAUAAAGGCUACAAAAUGGAAGGAUCUGAUCGCAUGACCUGUAAAGAAGAUGGGUGGGAUCCACCUCCUCCUCAGUGCACGAUUGUGACCUGUGAGAUACCCAAAAUCCUAAAUGCAUUUAGAGUCGAAGGAAAAUCGCCACCUUAUAAAUACAGAGAUAUUGUUCGUUACCGGUGUAAUGAAGGCUACGAAAUGGAAGGAUCUGAUCGCAUGACCUGUAAAGAAGAUGGGUGGGAUCCACCUCCUCCUCAGUGCACGAUUGUGACCUGUGAAAUACCCAAAAUCCUAAAUGCAGUUAUAGUCGAAGAAAAAUCUCCACAUGAAUACAAAGAUACUUUUCGUUACCGGUGUAAUAAAGGCUACAAAAUGGAAGAAUCCGUUCGCAUGAUCUGUAAAGAAGAUGGGUGGGAUCCACCUCCUCCUCAGUGCACGAUUGUGACCUGUUUACCACCGACUCUUAUACACAAUGGACAAUUUAACCCUCAGGAGGAGUUAUAUGAGUAUGGAAACAGUGUCACAUUCACUUGUAAUGAAGGAUUUAAACUUAAUGGCUCUGCAAGUAGUUCAUGUACCGAACAUGGAAUAUUUCAGCCUUCUCCACCUCAGUGUGAGGAGAUCUUCUGUGAUCCACAAACCAUCCAAAAUGCAGUUAUUGUUGGAAAUUCCUCAUUGUACAGAUACAAUGACUCGGUCCAAAUCAGGUGUAAUGAAGGCUACAAAACAGUGGGGUCUGAUCGCCUGACCUGUGGGGUGAAUGGAUGGAGUCCAGGUUUCUCACCAUGUACAGUUGUGACCUGUGAGAGACCCGAAAUCCUAAAUGCAGUUAGAGUCCAAGGAAAAUCGCCACCUUAUAAAUACAGAGAUAUUGUUCGUUACCAGUGUAAUAAAGGCUACAAAAUGGAAGGAUCUGAUCGCAUGACCUGUAAAGAAGAUGGGUGGGAUCCACCUCCUCCUCAGUGCAUGAUCAUGACCUGUUUACCACCUCCUAUAAACAAUGGACAAUUUAACCCUCAGGAGGAGUUAUAUGAGUAUGGAAACAGAGUCACAUUCACAUGUAAUGAAGGAUUUAAACUUAAAGGCUCUGCAAGUAGUUCAUGUACCGAAUAUGGAAUAUUUCAGCCUUCUCCACCUCAGUGUGAGGAGAUCUUCUGUGAUCCACAAACCAUCCAAAAUGCAGUCAUUGUUGGAAUUUCCUCAUUGUACAGAUACAAAGACUCGGUCCAAAUCAGGUGUAAUGAAGGCUACAAAACAGUGGGGUCUGAUCGCCUGACCUGUGGGGUGAAUGGAUGGAGUCCAGGUUUCCCACCAUGUACAGUUGUGACCUGUGAGAUACCCGAAAUCCUAAACGCAGUUAGAGUCCAAAGAAAAUGGCCACCUUAUAAAUACAAAGAUAUUGUUCGUUACCGGUGUAAUAAAGGUUACAAAAUGGAAGGAUCUGAUCGCAUGAUCUGUAAAGAAGAUGGGUGGGAUCCACCUCCUCCUCAGUGCACGAUUGUGACCUGUUUACCACCUCCUCUUAUACACAAUGGACAAUUUAACCCUCAGGAGGAGUUAUAUGAGUAUGGAAACAGAGUCACAUUCACAUGUAAUGAAGGAUUUAAACUUAAUGGCUCUGCAAGUAGUUCAUGUACUGAACAUGGAAUAUUUCAGCCUUCUCCACCUCAGUGUGAGGCAAAUUCCUGUGGAAAUCCGGGUGAUAUUUCUCAUGGAAAAUACUUAACUCCAGAUGGAAUUCUGUUUGGUGCAACAGCCACUGCACAGUGUGACGAAGGGUAUUUGCUCGUUGGAGAGAGAACUAGAAAUUGUCGAGAUGCUGGUUGGGAUGGGAGAGCCCCUGUGUGUGAAGAGGUGAAAUGUGAUCCACCUCCCAGUAUACAGAAUGGAAGUUUUGAGCCCAUGGAUGAGGUUUAUAAUUACAAUCAGUCAGUCACAUACUCUUGUAAAAAAAAUUACACUCUUAUUGGAGCAUCAGCGGUAUUCUGUUCUGACAACGGAACCUUUCCUCCUCCUCCUCGGUGUUUAAGUAAGUUAUGCAGAAUUACAUUUCCAGAUGCAAAGCUUAUUCCAGUCCUGGUCAAUGUGUCCUCCAGUGUGCCUCCAGCAGAGUUGACAGCUACGGACACAAGUGUAGAGUUACAGUUGAAGAUGUUGCGCUACGUGAUCAUCUUCUCUGCACAUCUUAUGAUGGCUCUAAAGGUUCAAGCCCAGUGUGAGAGUCCUGCUGUUGGAGAAAACCUGAAUUUGACUGAAAUAUCAGACCAACAGACUUUUCCUGAAGGCUCCAUUGUAAAGUUCAAAUGUUCCACCGGUUAUAUUCCAGUGAGAACAUCAGCUUCCAGGUCAAUCACCUGCACUGGAAACCAGUGGACCAAACUCCGACUUCAGUGUAAAAAAAAAUCCUGUGGAAAGCCUGGUGCGAUUCUAUAUGGAAAGUAUUUAUUUCCAGAAGGCAUUCUGUAUGGUGCAACAAUCAAAGCACAGUGUAACGAAGGUUAUCAGCUUAUUGGAGAUCCAGUGAGAAAUUGCAGAGAAACAGGCUGGGAUAAGACACAUCCUGUAUGUAAAGUGGUGAAGUGUAUAAAUCCCCCCAGUGUACCAGAUGGGGUAUUUGAACCAGAGGAGGAAGUGUAUAACUAUGGAGAUGGAGUCUUUUACUCUUGUAAGAGAGGUCUUGAUCUGUUUGGACCUUCACUAUUAACAUGCUCCAAUGAUGGAACCUUUCAGCCUGCUCCUCCUCGGUGUCUGUUUGUCACCUGUGAGAGACCCGAAAUCCUAAAUGCAGUUAGAAUUGAAGGAAAAUCGCCACCUUAUGAAUACAGUGCCUUUCUCCGCUACCAGUGUAAUGAAGGCUACAAAAUGGAAGGUUCUGAUUUCCUGAUCUGUAAAGAAGAUGGGUGGGAUCCACCUCCUCCUCAGUGCACGAAGAUCUUCUGUGAUCCACAAACCAUCCAAAAUGCAGUUAUUGUUGGAAAUUCCUCAUUGUACAGAUACAAUGACUCGGUCCAAAUCAGGUGUAAUGAAGGCUACAAAACAGUGGGGUCUGAUCGCCUGACCUGUGGGGUGAAUGGAUGGAGUCCAGGUUUCUCACCAUGUACAGUUGUGACCUGUUUACCACCGACUCUUAUACACAAUGGACAAUUUAACCCUCAGAAGGAGUUAUAUGAGUAUGGAAACAGAGUCACAUUCAGAUGUAAUGAAGGAUUUAAACUUAAAGGCUCUGCAAGUAGUUCAUGUACCGAACAUGGAAUAUUUCAGCCUUCUGCACCUCAGUGUCAGGAGAUCUUCUGUGAUCCACAAACCAUCCAAAAUGCAGUGAUUGUUGGAAUUUCCUCAUUGUACAGAUACAAUGACUCAGUCCAAAUCAGGUGUAAUAGAGGCUACAAAACAGUGGGGUCUGAUCGACUGACCUGUGGGGUGAAUGGAUGGAGUCCAGGUUUCUCACCAUGUACAGUUGGGACCUGUGAGAGACCCGAAAUCCUAAACGCAGUUAGAGUCCAAGGAAAAUGGCCACCUUAUAAAUACAGAGAUAUUGUUGGUUACCGGUGUAAUAAAGGCUACAAAAUGGAAGGAUCUGAUCGCAUGAUCUGUAAAGAAGAUGGGUGGGAUCCACCUCCUCCUCAGUGCACGAUUGUGACCUGUUUACCACCUCCUCUUAUACACAAUGGACAAUUUAACCCUCUGAAGGAGUUAUAUGAGUAUGGAUACAGAGUCACAUUCACGUGUAAUGAAGGAUUUAAAUUUAAAGGCCCUGCAAGUAGUUCAUGUACCGAACAUGGAAUAUUUCAGCCUUCACCACCUCAGUGUCAGGAGAUCUUCUGUGAUCCACAAACCAUCCAAAAUGCAGUUAUUGUUGGAAUUUCCUCAUUGUACAGAUACAAUGACUCGGUCCAAAUCAGGUGUAAUAGAGGCUACAAAACAGUGGGGUCUGAUCGCCUGACCUGUGGGGUGAAUGGAUGGAGUCCAGGUUUCCGACCAUGUACAGUUGGGACCUGUGAGAGACCCGAAAUCCUAAACGCAGUUAGAAUCCAAGGAAAAUCGCCACCUUAUAAAUACAGAGAUAUUGUUCGUUACCGGUGUAAUAAAGGCUACAAAAUGGAAGGAUCUGAUCGCAUGAUCUGUAAAGAAGAUGGGUGGGAUCCACCUCCUCCUCAGUGCACGAUUGUGACCUGUUUACCACCUCCUCUUAUACACAAUGGACAAUUUAACCCUCUGAAGGAGUUAUAUGAGUAUGGAUACAGAGUCACAUUCACGUGUAAUGAAGGAUUUAAAUUUAAAGGCCCUGCAAGUAGUUCAUGUACCGAACAUGGAAUAUUUCAGCCUUCACCACCUCAGUGUGAGGAAAAGGAAAAGAUGCGCGAGACCCCGUGCUACAGGCUGAUCAUCUUCCUCACAUGUCUGAUGAAGGUUACAGAAAUCCAAGCACAAUGUGAGAGACCUGAUGUUGGGGAAAACAGGAUUAUAGUCGAUGACCCGGGACAGCAGAUGUUACCAAAUGGAUCUACAUUAACGUUCAAGUGUGCUACUGGUUAUCGGCCUGUGGAUUUAUCAGCUUCCAAGAUGAUCACCUGUGUGGGAACCCAGUGGACCGAACUGGAGCUUAACUGCACGAAAAAGAGCUGUGGAGCCCUUCCUGAUUUCCCCAAUGGGAAAUAUACUUAUCCAAAUGGAAUUCUGUUCGGUGCAACCGCCAUCGCACAAUGUAACACAGGGUUUGUGCUUCUUGGAGAAAAUAUUAGAAAUUGUCGUGAGAGUGGAUGGGAUGGGAGAGACCCUGUGUGUGAUGUGGUGAAAUGUGAACCACCUCCCAGUAUACAGAAUGGAAUGUUUGAUCCCCUGGACGAUUUAUAUAACUAUGGACAAGCAGUCACAUACUCAUGUAUUAGAGAUUUCAGUCUUAUUGGAGAAUCAACAAUAGUCUGUUCUGAUAAUGGAACUUUUCAUCCUCCUCCUCCUCAGUGUUUAUUGGUAGAGUGUGAGGCACCUAACAUUAAAAACGCAGUUCGAGUUGAAGGAAAACCACCACCUUACAGAUAUAAAAAUUUCGUCCGAUACCAGUGUAAUGAAGGCUACACAAUGAAUGGAACUGGUUACCUGGUAUGUGAAGAAAACGGAUGGAAUCCACCUCCUCCUGAGUGCAUCACACAAUGUGAGAGACCUGAUGUUGGGGAAAACAGGAUUAUAGUCGAUGACCCGGGACAACAGAUGUUACCAAAUGGAUCUACAUUAACGUUCAAGUGUGCUACUGGUUAUCGGCCUGUGGAUUUAUCAGCUUCCAAGAUGAUCACCUGUGUGGGAACCCAGUGGACCGAACUGGAGCUUAACUGCACGAAAAAGAGCUGUGGAGCCCUUCCUGAUUUCCCCAAUGGGAAAUAUACUUAUCCAAAUGGAAUUCUGUUCGGUGCAACCGCCAUCGCACAAUGUAACACAGGGUUUAUGCUUCUUGGAGAAAAUACUAGAAAUUGUCGUGAGAGUGGAUGGGAUGGGAGAAACCCUGUGUGUGAUGUGGUGAAAUGUGAACCACCUCCCAGUAUACAGAAUGGAAUGUUUGAUCCCCUGGAUGAUUUAUAUAACUAUGGACAAGCAGUCACAUACUCAUGUAUUGGAGAUUUCAAUCUUAUUGGAGAAUCAACAAUAGUCUGUUCUGAUAAUGGAACUUUUCAUCCUCCUCCUCCUCAGUGUUUAUUGGUAGAGUGUGAGGCACCUAACAUUAAAAACGCAGUUCGAGUUGAAGGAAAACCACCACCUUACAGAUAUAAAAAUUUCGUCCGAUACCAGUGUAAUGAAGGCUACACAAUGAAUGGAACUGGUUACCUGGUAUGUGAAGAAAACGGAUGGAAUCCACCUCCUCCUGAGUGCAUCACACAAUGUGAGAGACCUGAUGUUGGGGAAAACAGGGUUAUAGUCGAUGACCCGGGACAGCAGAUGUUACCAAAUGGAUCUACAUUAACGUUCAAGUGUGCUACUGGUUAUCGGCCUGUGGAUUUAUCAGCUUCCAAGAUGAUCACCUGUGUGGGAACCCAGUGGACCAAACUGGAGCUUAAUUGCACGAAAAAGAGCUGUGGAGCCCUUUCUGAUUUCCCCAAUGGGAAAUAUACUUAUCCAGAUGGAAUUCUGUUCGGUGCAACCGCCGUCGCACAAUGUAACACAGGGUUUUCGCUUCUUGGAGAAAAAACUAGAAAUUGUCAUGACAGUGGAUGGGAUGGGACAGACCCUGUGUGUGAAGUUUCUCGAAUUAAUCUCACCACAUCUCCACCAUCAGACAGCACCUGUUUGAAGCCCAGUGUAAUCAUUAUAGCUGUGGUUGUACGUCUGCUGUUGUCCUUCUAGGACCCAAGAACUAUGAUUCUGACUGAUGCCAAAUUGUUUUGAUAAGACUGAUGAACUCAUAGAAGUGAUGUCCAUUGAUUAUUUACAAUCUUAGCGGUUGCCUUUCAGGAAAGCUGUUUUCCUGAUUUUUAUAGAUUAGGUACAAUUUUGCACUGUGAUCUUUGUCUGGUAUGAGUGUGUUUUAAAUUAUUAUGUAUUAUUUAACAAAUAUAGUGUUAACUCUAUUCCCAGUUUUAAUGUUGUAUUCCUGCCAGAGACACUGCCUUCUGUAAAACAUCCAGUGCAGGGGACAAAGCAUUUAAAAAUUCAACAUCGAAAUGGUUAUUCAGUGGAGCCCAAAAAAAGCACAAAAAUCAAUUCUAGAAUUUGGAAUUUGGUGUUUUUCUAAAAAUUAGAUGUAAUGAAUAAAAUACUGCACAGGUUUUUUUUGUCAGUCAUUUUGCAUUUCUUAUAAUUAGCUAAUGUAUAUAAACACAGAUUAGGAUGGAAGAAUGUAAUUGCAUUUCACUGCUAUGUAUUAAUGCAUGGGAAUGUACAUCAAAAUCUAUCUGAGAGUCUGUAGAAAAGUGUAGGAUUCGUUUUAGAUUGCUUACGAUUAUGCAGUAUAUAACAUUUGGACACCACAUGUAUGGCCAAAGGCAUAUGACCUUGUUGGACAUCCCAGUCAAAAACAUUACCGCAUUACAAAAUAUGGACUCUAAAAAUAUGUGGUUAUGACUGUGGGUGGUUCAAACACCUGUACUCAGUAUUUAGGAGGAGUGUCCACAGACGUAUUGGGUAUUUGACUAUACACUUUGAUAUACUCGUUAUGACUACUGAUACUUGUAUCCCUUAAUGUAAUCUUAUACCAAUAUCAAUAUCAAUAUUUAACAUUUGGAUUAAAAACACUCCACAAUACAAAAUCUGUUUGCAUUAAAUUUUUAUUUUGUAA